CCUCGCUCGCGUUCAUUUCAUUCCUCCGUUCCACCGACUCAUUCCUGGAAUUCCUUCUCCGCGCUCGUCCGCCCAAGCGCGCGCGCGCGUGUCGCGGUGACAGAGGUUGGAGACGGCGCGCGCCACAACCACCACCACAACAACCACAACCACCAUCGUCACCGCCGUUGUCAGCAGCCGUCGUGGUGGCCGUGAAACGCACUCUUUGACUUGUUUUGUUUCUCAACCCGCACCCCUCCGUGGGCUUUGCCGACUGCCCGUCUCGAGCCGCCCCGACUCGACACCCCGCGCCGCCAGGUCGCCUCUCAACCGAUCGAACCGACCCCCCUCGGUCUCAACGCGAGAAAUAUCGGGAGAAGGAACAGAGAGGCGAGAUAAAGAGAGAGGGCGAGAUAAAGAGAGAGGGGGAGAGAGAGGGAGGUCACGGUAACCUCACACAGCCACGACCUCUCCGCGCCUGCUGCUGCUGCCGCCACUGCCGCUGUGCGACGGUGAAAGCGGAGGAAGCAUUGGGGGGGGGGGGUGAGGGGGGUGGUGUGGAGUGUGUGGGGUUGGGGGGGGCAGCUCUGCCCGUGAGUGAAUCUCUCCGAACCCUCGGAAGACAAAGAGCGGGCGAGAGGGGGCAGGGGGGCGACGAGGUGGUGGCGCGGGGGGCAACACGACAAUAAAAACACGCCACCCUUCAGCAGCAGCAACAACAACAAACAACAACAACAACAACCGACGUCUCCAACCAAACCACCGCGCCACCCUUCCCCCCCCUCCCCCCGGCACACAGCCCCCCACCCCCCCAACGGCACCAUAGCCUCUCAGUGGCCGGGGCCCGGUGGCGGGGGCCUGCCCCCCCACCACCACCCCCACUCCCUCCUGGGCGGGGGGGGGAUGGCCCCCCAGGGCCCCCCCGGGGAUGGGGGCUCGAGCGAGGACGAGGAUGCGGACGACAGCGGAGCGGAGGGUGGGGGUGGCGCGGGGAGCGGGGGGCCCAACGACAAGCCGCUGGACAACGACGCCGAGGGGGUGUGGUCCCCCGACAUCGAGCAGAGCUUCCAGGAGGCGCUCGCCAUCUACCCGCCGUGCGGGCGCAGGAAGAUCAUCCUGUCGGACGAGGGCAAGAUGUACGGACGGAAUGAACUCAUAGCCAGGUACAUCAAACUUCGAACGGGAAAGACACGGACACGCAAACAGGUGUCUAGCCACAUACAGGUGCUGGCGCGAAAGAAAGUGCGCGAGAUCCAAGCCAGCAUCAAGGUCUCUAGUCACAUUCAGGUGCUUGCCCGGCGGAAAGCGCGUGAGAUUCAGGCCAAGCUCAAGGCAAUGAACAUGGAUCAGAACGCCAAGGACAAGGCGCUGCAGAGCAUGGCGGCUAUGUCGAGCGCGCAGAUCGUCUCGGCCACGGCCAUUCACAGCAAGGCCAUGGGCAUGGGGCCCGCGCUGCCGCGGCCACCCUACCCGCCCGCCCAGGGGUUCUGGAGUCUGCCCGGGCAGCCAGGCUCGUCCGCUCAGGAUGUGAAGCCGUUUGCACAGCCCGCGUACCCCAUGCAGACGAGCAUCCCCACGCCCAUCCCAGGUGACCGGUUCGACUCCCGACACGGGACAACACACACACGUGACAGUCUUGUCGGGUGGUGGAGGUUGAAUGGCGGCUACGACCCCGGCACGGGGGGCCUCGUGGCCACGGCGGUGGGGCCCGCGUGGCAGGGCCGCUCCAUCGGCACCUCCAAGCUGCGCCUCGUCGAGUUCUCGGCCUUCCUGGAGCAGCAGCGGGACGCCGACACCUACAACAAGCACCUGUUCGUCCACAUCGGCCAGUCGAGCCCCUCGCACGGGGACCCGCUGCUCGAGGCCGUGGACGUGCGCCAGAUCUACGACAAGUUCCCCGAGAAGAAGGGGGGCCUCAAGGAGAUGUACGACCGGGGCCCCCAGAGCGCCUUCUUCCUCGUCAAGUUCUGGGCCGACCUGAACACGAGCACGCAAGAUGACACGGGUGCCUUCUACGGCGUGACGAGCCAGUACGAGAGCGCAGACAACAUGACCAUCACCUGCUCCACCAAAGUGUGCUCCUUCGGCAAGCAGGUGGUGGAGAAGGUGGAGACGGAGUACGCGCGCUUUGAGAACGGCCGCUUUGUGUUCCGUAUCCACCGCUCCCCGAUGUGCGAGUACAUGAUCAACUUCAUCCACAAGCUCAAGCACCUGCCCGAGAAGUACAUGAUGAACAGCGUGCUGGAGAACUUCACCAUCCUGCAGGUGGUGACGAACAGAGACACCCAGGAGACGCUACUGUGCGUCGCCUACGUCUUCGAGGUGUCCACGAGCGAACACGGGGCACAGCAUCACAUCUACCGCCUCGUCAAGGACUGAUGGACCACCGCCAUCAUCGCUCGCCCACCCCCCCCCCGUACUCCCCCCCCCCCUACACCUGCACCUGCAAGGACUCUCCCUGCUCCAGCACGUGGUCAGAGCGCUCGGGAGAGUCCACCUCGCAGCGAAGACGAGGGGGGUUAUCCCUGGAGUCAAGCGGUCAAGUAUCUGACGGGGAAGGGGGUCUUAGGGUGGCUGUCGUGUACGGAGGCCGAACUUUUUAGCCAGAAUUUAAAGAUUGCAUUUUUAUUAUUGUUCUUAUUGUUUAUUUUAUUGUUAUUUUUUUUGUAAAACGCAAAUGCCAAUAAGGUGUCAAAUUUACUUGGACAAGCAAAGUUGCUCGUAGAUUUAACACGUACGUACGUGCACGAGUUAACACGUACGUGCGUGCAAGAGACAAAGAUCCCCGUAUAGCCUUUAACAGGCUACUUGGGCAAGUGCUGUUUGCCUAUUAAGGCCAAGCACAGCAGACGAGGGGUGGGUGAUCAGCACCCACGGCCCGGCCGCCUUUGUCUCUCGAGUGGUGAUGUUUACACAUCGCACCAGGUACUUAUUUGAGGCUGAGCCGACCUACGGGAGGCCCAGGACCGCUUCAGAUAUCAAGCCGCGAAUCGAACUCGGGGCGCUGGGUUAGUAGCGCGGUGCGCUAACCACUACACCACCGCUCCCCACAAAAAACAAGCGCACACAUACGCGCACAUUCACACGCACACACACGUAUGUUAAACUUCCUUCGCACCGUACGUAGCCAACCGUGCUAAUUGUAGUCAACCAGUCAGUGGUACCCCUUUAUGCUUGUGUGGAUGUGACCGUGUGUGCGUGUAUGAGUUCCUCCAGCGGGCAAGGCUGCGUUGGCGGGGUCAUGUAGUCCACAUGCUAAUCGGAGUUGCGGAGUAAGAAAAGCAAACUCGUACCCGUGGCACCUGGGUCUGCCCCGUGACCUCCUGUCGGCGAGCAUCCAACACUUCACGUGGCCUCGGAGUGCACCUGGCCUGGCACAAGCGCCAUGGUGACGUCGCCGCCACUUAGUGGCGAAUGGUGGCUGUUUGUUUGCAUUAUGGCUGCAGGUAUUGUGGUCUAUGCAAACAUGACUCCUUGUAAAAAGGUGUCAGUUUUGUUGCCAGAUAGAAGGGUAAAAAAUCAAUUAUCAUGGUGGCUGUUGUUUUUACUGAGCGGGAAGCGGUAGUGCAGUGGCUUGCGCAGCACUGCGCUACGAACCUGGCCACCCAAGUUCGACUCCCGCUCACGGCCGACGCCGGCUGUUAUGUACGUGCGUGUGUGUGCGUGUGUGCGUGUGUGCGUGUGCAUGUGUGUGCUCGAAUCCAGCCCUACCUUGCCCUAUCGAACACUUCUUGCCAAUUCGUACUUUCCUCCUCCCCCCCCCCCCCCCACUGAGUCUCUUUUUAUCUGGAGGGUCCUCCCGCCACGUGACCUUUGGCCCAACGUUCUGUUGUCAAACGAGACGUUUCAAUUCCGCGCAGUGUGGACGGACACCGGAGAAUCCGGGGGGGGGGGGGGGGUUGUGCUCACGCUUCCCGCCUGCCCGGACAGCCGCCUCGCUCGCAGGCCCAGCGAAUGUUUGGAGUUUUAUUUUAGAAUCUCCGCGUGAUCCACCAACCCUUGCCUUUCGGAGCGCCGAGUCGGACGCAGGCGUGCAGAGCAACCACGGCCACCGCCAACCACCCCUGGAAGCACAAACUGAUGCAUUCCCCAUUGGGGUUAAAAAGUUGCGACUGAAGUGGAUGUAACUACGUAGGUACAACUAAGUUGACGUGACUCGGUUGAUUCAACCGAGAUCACGCGGGUAGAGUUCAAUGCGACAUAACCUGGUACAAUUAAGUUGCCGUGACUCGGUUGAUUCAACCGAGAUCACGCGGGGAGGGUUGAAUGCGACUUAAUCCGGUACAACUAAGUUGACGCGACUCCGUUGAGGAGUUCCGUGUGGCCGGUGCCUUCGUGCGCAGUGCCCCGGGGGAACUCAAUGCCACAUGGUGCCCUCAGGGCCAGUCCAAUCCUCUUGAGACCUCCCCCCCCCCCCCCAGCACAGGUGAACUUACCUGCCGAUCACCCCCGCCAAACCCUUUCCUAAUGGAUUCGCCCAUGACAAAAUAUGGCGAGCAGAGGCCGUGGCCCGGCGCUCAGCCAAUCCACACACGCGCCUUACCGCCAUGUGAGCCAAUCAACGCCGAGCACGACCACUGGCCCUAACCCUCACCGCGUUUUACUUGUUGAUGUUUAACACAGCGCCAGAGGUCGCCUCUAUUUAACACAGUGCCAGAGCUCGCCUCUAUUUAACACAGUGCCCGAAGAUGCCUCUAACGCAGUGCCCAGAGUGUGUGUGUGUGUUCUUGCUCCAAUGUUACGAGACGGUACAAAGUACCGUGUGUGUGUGUUUGCGUGAACGCAGCGGUGCCCGGUUGCCCCCUCUAUUUAACACGGUGAUCUGUGUCGCCUAUUCCUCAACCUGCAUCUCCCCGACUCGCGGAGACUCAACUCACUGCAGUGACCACAUCGUGGUCGCUCCCGCACCGCCCGCGUGCACACCACACGCACAAAGAUAAAGACAAAGAUCCCCCGUAUAGCCUUAACAGACUGUAGGGGCAAGUGCUGUUAGCGAGCACCUACGAAGGCCGGAACGGUACACGAACGAGGGGGUGGGUGGCCAGCACCACGCCCGACCGCCUUUGUCUCCCCAGUGGCGAUGUUUACACACUGCACCAGGUACUCAUUUAAGGCUGAGUCGACCUAGGGGAGGCCCAGGACCGGUUCAGAUAAUCGUCACUGGUGUUAGCCGUGAGCGGGUAUCGAACCCGGGUCGCCAGGUUCAUAGCGCAGCGCGCUAACCGCUACACACCGCUCCUCAAACACACCAAUACACACACGCACCAAUACACACACCCACACACACCACACGCGCACACACACACCAACACACACACCACACGCGCACACACACCAACACACACACCACACGCGCACACACACACCAACACACACACCACACGCGCGCACGCGUCCGUCCCACCCAACACGCAGCCGCAUCGUGCCAAACCGCCUCUCCAACAACACAACAGCACAACAGCACAACAACAGCACAACAACAACACAACAACAACAACACAACAGCACAACAACAACACAAAAGCACUCACCCCCCCGCCGUGCCGUGCGACGGACUCCAGAAAUCAGAAGUUUUACCUCCCACCGAGUGAGAAGCCCAAUGAGCUGAGACGCUUCUUGUUUUUCUUCUUCUCCGUCCAAGUGCGACGAGGCCGGCAGUACAACAUCGAAGCACGCCACGGUGGCCUGUGCAUCGCUUCUCUUGCCUUGGCCACGACAUUGCCAGCGUAUCCUCCACUGGGGACAGACACCCGAGCUCAGAUACCAACAUCCCUUGAGCGUUCGAUCUGUUGCUGAGCUUCCUUCGUGCACCGCACGUGGCCAGCCGUGCUCCGAGGUGGUGCUGAGUUCUAUCCGCACUGCGUGACAGCGCAAUUACCCCCCCCCCCCCCCCACCGUCUACCGGUCUCGCACGGCAUGCUGAUUCGACUCUUUAACUGUCUUUAACACGGCGGCACUGCGUAUUCAACGCGGAGUGUGCGUGUGUUUUAGCAUCAUUCUCGAAUACAGCACGUCUCUUUAACAUCACGUGCUUGGUGACGCUGAUGCGUUGGCAGUGGGUGCACAAGCACAGUUAACAAGCUCAAUACGUGAGAAAAAAACACAAUAGGUGACGUUUUGGGAAAUGGCCCUUCGCAGGUCACAAACUUGUUUUUAUUGACGAAUACGUCGAGUGUGUACCUCUGUCACGUCGUGUGUCCCUCGUCACCGUUGACACGAAGCACGCGUCCUCCCUCCACGGUGGCUAGGAGAUGUUAACUACCUCGCCUGGUACGCAGGAGGACGUGGGUUCUAUCCCGACCCAGACGAUGCCUGCUGCUGCUGUAUAUUUGGAGUUUGCGGUGUCUCUCUCCCCCAGUGGUCGCGUGGAUUUUUCUCCGGGUCCUCCGGUUUUUCCCUCCACAUUUAGAAUCAACAUCACGCGUUUAUUUGCCAACUCGGAUAAAUGUGCUCACGGUGUUGAUAAGCCACUUCGUUGAGCUAUCAUUUGUGAAAGCCAGUUCGCUUCUGAAAAAUAAUUAUAUAGCUCAGUGGGAUUUAUCUGAGAAACAAAUGAGGAUUGUAUCGCCCACUCCACACACGAAGACGACACAAAGACAAAGAUGCCCCGUAUCGCCUUAACAGACUGGAGGGACUCCACACUCAAAGUGCCCGUUUCUCGCACGCGCGCGCCGCGAAUCUUGCCAAAAGUGCGCUUUAGCGCCCGUCGAGUAGAUAGAUUAUGAUGGUGAUGAUGAUGGUGAUGAUGAUAAUGACAACGAUUAUGAUGUUGACGAUGAUGGUAACGAUUAUCGUAACGAUGAUGACGAUAUUGAUGAUGAUGAUGAUGACGAUAACGGUACACAUGGGCGCUUGGAACAAUGUUCGCGAAGUAGAUAUACACACACACAGGUACACUUCGUGUGUUUGCAGAUGUGCCUUUGCUAGUCAGGCUAUUUGACGAUGAUCAAGUCACUCCUAAAUGGGGGGGCGGCGGGGGGGUUUGGGGGGCACUUAGUUAAUUGAUUAAUUAACCCCGCGGUAUCAUCACGACGGUGAUGAUGUUUUAUUUUAAUUAUUAUAUAUACAGAGAGAGAGAGGUUGAAAGGUAAUAGAAUAUUAAUGGUUUUUCUAAAAAGCGUUUGAUUUCCUUCAAACAGACGAGCUCGCGUGUGUUGUUAUACAUUACAUUUACGUGGUGUUAAUAUCAUGUCACUUGUUAUUAUUCUACCAUUAUUACGAUUGCUAUUUUAAUUGUUAUUAUUAUUCUAAGGUGGUGAAUUUUUUUAAAACAAAUAUAUAAAUCGGUUAUGCGGUAGAAGCGCCUGCAAGAGGAAUUCAGAAUCGAGUUGCAAACGUAUCUCUCUCUCUCUCAUUUUUUUGUAAUAAAAUAUGGAAAAACGAAACUUAAAAAAUAUAUAAAUUGAAAAAAACAUAAAUAACCCUACAGUAUAUAUAUAUAUCUGCAUCUUGGUUGACGACCGUUUCGUUUUUAUCUUCAAGGAAACCUCGUAACCCCCCCCACCCACCAACAAUAUCUAUAUUAAAAUAAACAGUUGUUAUCAUUCAUAAUUGGGUUCAUUUUGGGGGUCACGUAUCGCAAGUGUACAAUGUUCAUUUCAAACACGAGCCUCCACCACCCGACGCAGCCAAUCGAGCCAAGCUGUUUCCCACUCGAUAAUGUGCCGAGUUACUUGGACAUUUCAUCAAAAACCAGAGGAAGAUUCAAUCUUGAUUUGAAGCUUUCGUGACGACUGCAAGAAUCCAUGCUCUUCGGUAAGUCACGUACGUGAAGUCACGUACGUGAAGUCACGUACGUGAAGUCACGUACGUGAAGUCACGUACGUGAAGUCACGUACGUGAAGUCACGUACGUGAAGUCACGUACGUGAAGUCACGUACGUGAAGUCACGUACGUGAAGUCACGUACGUGACUUUACCGAAAGAACCAAAGAGUACAGAGGAAGAUUGUUGAGAAGUCCCAAACAAAAAAUCCGGACAUUUAUACGAAUAACAAUCACAUAAAAGAUACACAAAAAAAAGUAUUCAUUAUUAUUAUUAUACGAACCAAGUUUCGCUGGAGAUGCUCACAUCCCGGCAUCGUCAGUUGUUGACGGAGCCCUCGGCUGUCCGCGUCGGGUGGCGGAGGGCUCUCAGCCUCGUCACUGACGCUGUACCUCCAACCCCGAAGUCACGUGGGUUGCCAAUCGUGGUGGUGAAUGCCGUGCGUCCAGAAGCAACUGCUCUCCAGUCGCGUACUCGCAGUGGUGACGUCGUGCGUGAAGAGACCAAGCUAAAGCCAACAGGUUCCCAAGCAGCUGAAGGUCCCCCCUUCCCCUUCCCUCCCCCCUUUAGUCAUGAAUCAAAUAUCAGCUCGAAUUGAACAAAGUCUUAAGAAAGGGAACGGCUAAUUAACAUGCGAGCGAAUUCAUCUCUUUCGUACCAGUCGUGUCUGUAUCGCUCCGAAAAAAUCGUAAACUAAUCGUGUUCGCGUUAGCAGUGGCGACACGAAUACAAUUAGUGAUUUU